UUCGUGCGUUCAGCGUCGCGGAGCAACAGCAAUUGGAUCGAGUGCGAUCGAGAGGAAUUCCGAUUUACUCCUUGCGUUUAUCUCGCGUAGUUUUUCGCGAUUCGAUUUGUUUUCAACGGACGGUGACAGCGCGAUCGAAUGCCGCUCGCGGAUUCGUUUGUUUUGUUUUUGUUUGAUCGUUGGCUUGACGGUUGGUGUCUGCAUCUACCGGUCGUUUGAUUAUCGCUGGGAGUUGCGUGCCGAGUUGGUCGUUUGGCGGUUGGCUAGAAGGGUUCCGUUUUUGGCGAAAGUCCCCUUCGGUUGCAUCAAGCGUGCGUCAGAAUUCUGGAGCCAAUCCAAAUCCAUGACAUACCGAAUGGUUGCUGCGUAAUCAGAGUUUCUCAAACUAUUCAUUCAAGUUCCCGAUAACGGAAAUCAACGCAGUUACAAUAAAAAGAUUCCACAGCUGAAUCGGAAACGUGCGAGUAUUUGAAUCGCUGGACGUGUUCAUAGAGUUCAUGACAUCUUCCACGGUUGAGAGUGCUCCGACGUGACAGCUAUUAAACAUUGAAGAAAAGAGUCCCGGCCUUUCGGAAACUACAACAACGAAAACGACGACCCCGAAGAAGUAAAAACCCAGCCGGAGUGGAUUCCCUCGCGACGGGCAGCAACGCCGGGGAAAAGUUUUGGAAAUCAUCCAGCAGAGUAAACAUAAACAAAAGAAACAUAAACCAUUUGACUCGUGUGAUGAAUUUUGAAGAGCGAGUUAGAUAGAAUUGAAAUUCCACAUUUGAUGGCAAGCCGCGCAUUUUGAAUGCUUCCUCUUCGUUCGGUGUGAAAGAUAAACAACUGUUUCCAUAACGCCGUAGUCGAUAUUUGUAGCAGCCAUAAGCUGGCGUCAUCAGUUACUACUUAGCACCCUAACCACCCCGUCGUCUUAAGCAAAUCUAUACUGCAUCGUUAGUGAAUUGUGUACAUGUGAAUGUUAGUAGAGUUAUGAAAAUAAAAUAUUUGUAGAAAAUCGAAACCGCAUCGUCUGGAAAUAAGCUCCACGGCGGCUAUUAUAUCCCCCAUACUAGUAGAUUGUUCAGCGAAGUAAACAAGCCCCUACGUCAGCAAGUGUUUUGUGCAAAUGUGUGUAUAGAAGAUAAAUUCAUUCCACUUGAUGACGCAUAGCGUGUAAAAGUAAAAAUUUUAAGCAAAAAUAUUCGAUAAGUGUUAGCAAAGCCUCGUGUUUCUGAUGAAAAGAAAAUCCAAUCAAAUUGUCAAGUGUUUCCAGUUGAAGAAGAAAACAACUGAAACCAGAUUCCCCAACGACGACGACGACGACAACGACAAAUAAAAGUAAAAAUAAGAGUGAAAAUCGUUGCUCAACCAAAUCAUCCAACUUCCAAUCGAGUGAUUGGAGGGAAGAAAUAUAAGUCACAAGCAUCAAGGAAGUCAAGUGCACCAUGCGUUAGUGUUCUUGUGGCAGGAGAUUCCAAUCACACAGUUUCAUACUUGAAAGUGAGAAGCGUAGAAGUGUAGAAAAUACUAUUUGGCUCAAUUGGAAGAAGAAGAAAGUGUGCACAACGCUCACAAAGCUCAAUAUUCUCAUUCGUGUGUUCUAACUACAGUGCAUCAAAGCACGGAAACACCCGUCCUCCAGAAAAAAAAGUAGUAGCAGCAGCAAGCAGUCACAUAAACAACAUCCAACGAUGGAUAUACUACCGAGCGGUAACAUCUUUCGAGAGUUGCAGAUCAUCCACGACACCGGAUGUUUCUCGUCGGAGUCCUCGAUCGAGGAUCAAUGGCAACAGGUAAUUGAAAAAGUGCAAUUGCUGCUUCGACCGAGGAUAACUUCAUCAACUUGAAAGAAUUUCCAGUACAUUGCUUUGCAGUGGUGCAAUUCGGACCGGCACCAGCAACGUGCAGCAAUGGCGAGCUGUGAAAGACCUGUUACGAGAUGGAACGAUACCUAAAAGAUGAGCCAAAGCUUCAAACAUACAAGAAACUGCCCGCUGACCUAGACACACCAUGGGACCUGUUCGCCCCGCCUGGACCUAUCACCGGCUGGAAAGUAGAAGUAGAUUCGUGCUGUAUAGAAGAUUUAAAUUUAAAUGAUAGACACUCAGACUCGCACUCAAACUCGUCGUCAUCUUCCACCUCGUCGUCACCGUGCUCCGGAUCGUGGGACAGCAGUGCCUCGCUCAGUUGUGCGGUGGUGGUGAAAAAAGAGCGCCUCGAUCCGGACGACGACGACGGCAACAAUAGUGACAGCUACGACGAGCAGAGUGAAAAGUUUGGCAAAAUCUCCGUGCAUCAUCACCUCCACCAUCCGCAGAAUGCGAUCGAGCUAAGGCUAGUGGCACGAGCGACGACCUCCGACCUGUUACCAACGUUAACGCCUCCCUCGUCACCGGAAUCGCACCUCAGUAUAGGCAGCAAACUGACGGCGACUGUGAAAACGGAACCGGAAAUCGCGCUUCUGGACCACCAGGGGUUUCUGAGGGUAUCGACGGGGACGCAUAUACCACGGAACGCCAUUGUUCGGCUUACGACAUCGAGUAGUAAGGGCACGGUCGGGUUAACGCGAGUGAUACAGGUCAGUCCCCAGCUGCAAGCCGCCAUCGCCCAGAGGAGUUCUGCGUCGUCCCCAAGUGCAUCGUUAUCAGCAGUGAGCAGUGCGAAACAUCACCAGCGGCAGCACGACCACAGUCCUGACUCAAAACGACGGAUACACAAGUGUCAAUUUCUUGGCUGUAAAAAAGUCUACACGAAAAGUUCGCACCUGAAAGCACACCAACGAACGCAUACAGGCGAGAAACCCUACAAGUGCUCCUGGGAAGGAUGCGAAUGGCGCUUUGCCCGCAGCGACGAACUCACCCGCCACUACCGAAAGCACACCGGAGCGAAACCGUUCAAGUGCCGACACUGUGACCGAUGUUUCUCCCGCUCGGACCAUCUGGCGCUGCACAUGAAACGCCACGCCUAAGCCGAGUCAAUCCAGGAGUAACAUUUAGCACAACAAGAGGAAGCCCAGAUGGAAGUUAAUUGUCCCUGGAAUCCCGAUUUAAUGAGCUUGUAUCACCCCUCUAAGGUUCUGAAGCAGACAACACACCCCAAACAGUCACAAACCCAGACAAAACAAAAAAACAGCAGCAACGAUAUCCAAAGCUCCCGAAAGGAGUGCUGUGGUGCAAUCGUUGUCAUCGCCGUGAGAUGAUUCCGUUUGAAAAGUAUUUUCUCUAAACCAACUCAUAUUUAGAUAUUUAGGAAACUUUAGAAGACUAGAACGAACCUCUUUCCCUCAGCCAUUGUCAGCAUCACGAAAAACUCAAAACCAACACCAUCAUUAUCAUCAUCAUCAUUGCAACGAUCCUGCUCAUCCACGCUAUCGUCCCCGAAUAAACACAUCAUUAUCUAGGAAAGUUUUCUCAUUAGACUAUUAUACACCAGGACGUAAGUUUUUAGGAAACGCGAGUGAGAAAUAGAACAGCGUUUAGCGAACGUAUAUAAACUGAUUUUAGAGCAGAACGUAGAGAAAAAUCAAACUCCAGAUGCACCUGGCAUCUGGAAAUUCCAAGCGUUUUCGAGCAACCAAAAUUUAAGUAACGGUAUUAUGUAGCUGCGUAAGCGAGGGUUACUCCAUUAAAGGAAAUUGUCUCUUUGUAAUUUUAAUUAGUUUUAAGAAUCACAUCACCAUCCCUGGCGGGUCGGUUUUCGACCCGCCACAGUCUACCACAUCAGCAUUCAAUGGAGCGUUUGCUUAUUUUAGCUUAAUCGUAGUGCAUAAGUUCUUAAGAAUGCGAAUGCCUUCGUUGUUUUAUAGUCAAGUGAAUUUUAGCUUUCUCUAAGUUUUAUAGCAUAGAAAGAUUUCGUAUCGAAUGUGGCCAUCGUAGGAUCUAGGUUUAUUGUUUUGUUUUUGUUUUGUUGAAAGGAAAAAAGUUUAUUCGCAGCAUUAGCCAAUUCGUAUAAUGUUUAUCCUUCCGUUUGGUGAGCAAAGUGAACGAAAACGGAAAUACAAUUAUCCAACAAUAUUGAAGAAAACAUCACUGCCAAAAACACAAAUACAUUUCGUCUAGGAUAAGACCGGAAAGAAGUUUAACUUUGCUAACCCGCCUCAGAAUUAUGUUUAUUCGUCAGGUUUUCUUCAUUGAACUUAAUAAAAAUGGAAAUUAAACAUAUCCUGCCCUUGAAUUUUAUAAUUCUCAAUGUUAAAGUAGACAAACUGUAAGUAUAGAUAAAGCAGCGCCACUUCAAUGUUUGAAGUUAAACUCUUUAGUUCAAUUUUAUACUGGUGGCUUCUGUACUUCCUUGAACAAAAUAUUGCAUUGAAGCUUGUUUCUCAUUAAAUAACUAUAACUACACUGCGAAACAAGCUACAGCUCUUUGAAAACCUCACACUAUCCAUGACUUUGUCAGCAAAGAAAAACUUCGCCACAAACAUCACAUACACACAAAAACUCACACCCAAGCAGGAGGCAAUUGAAAUUGACCGCGAACGUAGAAACAAAAAUUGGAAGUUAAAAGAAACGGAGGAAUAUCCUAUCGAUUGCGUGAUGCAAUGUCUGUGAUCUGCAUACAGCAUUUUUUCGAGUGACCACCGGUGGUCAAAUUUAUACAGCAACAGCAACAACAACAAAAAAUCCCCAACACGUAGAGUAAACAAUGUAACACAGGUGACUAACAACAAAGGUUGAGCUGAACAAAUGAAACUAAGAAAGGAAAACCAAUAAACAACGCAAAUAACGACGCAUACCACGCAUAUAAUUGUGAGAUUAGUAGCUGCAUUCACUCUGGCCUGUAGCACUUUAGACCCAGUAGCGCAAUGUGGAUUGAUUGAUGUUUCAGUGUUUGGUUUAGUUCGCGCUGUCGCGUUUAUAGAAAAUUUUGUUCGGUUUUGGGCAUCGUAGAAAAAUGAGCUUGGCUCGGGCAGUUCUAUGACACGAAUGCACUUCUUCGUAAACAAGUGGUUUUUUUAAUCGAAAAAGGAGUUGAAGCUAAAAGUCCGGUUGAAGAAAUUCUUUUGGCUAGAUUUUUUCUUAAAAUCUAUUGACAUAUAUUACUACAGCUUCAAGGUGGGCUCAUUCAGGGCACAUCGAAAAUCAUAACAAAUCAAUUUGCUACUUCGUGGCUUGCCACAUAGAAUACACAAGUAUGUACUGGUGGCAGCAGAAAAACAUUUUCAAUUACUCAUGAAAUACAUCUUAAUUGAGAGCCUGCCAUGAAAAAUAAUAUGUAAAACAACUGUUCAUUUUACAACGAGAGUACUAUGUCGAUAGUCCUAUUACUAUAUAAUAUGAUUGUUACUCCUUUUUGUUAAGUUCAAACUGAUAAAAAG